ACAUAAGAUUUGAAUAUUGACCCAUGUUUUCAAAAAAUCGUAAAUUACGUUACGCAAAAGUGUAAUCAUUGAAGAAAAAGGGCCAGUUCAGUUAUAAAAUUCAUACAGGGAAAGCAACUGCGGUCAGGCUGGAAUUUCUAGCAAUAAAAGCAUGCAAUAAUUGCAUCAUCAGUACUAAAAGGUAUUUUAUUUUUCAGAGGGCCACCAAAAUGAGUAAACUGUGUAGACAGGUAUCAAUCGAGUCUCCUGGGCCAACUCUUAAGGAGUGCGUGUUUAGCUUUGAUGUCCCCGUUCCCGAUGUGCCUAUGUAUGGGGCAAGAAUUAGAGUAGUGUAUGCCGGAGCGUGUUAUCGUGCGCAUCGCACCCGUUCAGCAUCAGUGUGUAGUACAUCAUCGGUUUCCUCUAUUGGAAGUCUUUCGGGAGAGUUGGAGGGCUUUGGAUUACAUUCAUCCACACCAGCACAUAUUGGACUUAGAGAUGGUGCUCUUUUCCCUGGCUAUGAAGUAGCUGGUGUUGUUGAUGCUAUAGGGAAAGCUGCCGAAGGUACAGAGGGAAUGGGUGAGGGCACGAGGAUUGUGUUGUAUCCAUAUGAGGGUGUUCCACAUGGUUAUGCAGAUUACAUUGUUGUGCCAGACUUUAAAUGUCUUGUGCCAGUGCCUGAUAAUUUACCUUUAAGUGUAGCUGCAAUGCUUCCGACAGGUGCUUUGCUAGCUAUGAAUACCGUGUAUACAGCUAUAGAAUGCUUGAAUAAAAUUCUUGAAGGUUCGAAUAAAAAGGAUAAAGCUACUGUUUUGAUUGUUGGCACUGGUGGCUUAGCACUGUGGGCUCUUCGCAUUGCAACACACUUUUUUAAAGAAAGCCCACACCACAAGAACAUUUUUAUAUCAGUAGCAACUAUUAAGGACGAAGGUUUUGUUCUGGCUCAGGAAAGUGUAGAGGUGAAAGUGGUACAGUGGUCAGAAGAUUUGUAUGAAAAGCAGUUAAUAGAGCGUACAACCGAUGCUUGUGGAGGACCAGUGGAUAUUGUGCUUAAUUUCGGAACUACAUCCCGAUCACUACACCGCUCGCUACAAUGUUUGGCUCAGGGUGGAAUGGUCCUUGUAACAGAGGAUGUAGGAGACAAAUUGCUACCAAAGUUCGCUAAGAAAGCAGAGGAAAUGAAUGUCAAUAUUGUCGUUGUACCAAAUGGCACUAUAGAACAGUUGAGAGAAUUGGUUCAAUUGGUCGCCAAUGGAAAUAUCGAACCUCCACCACAUUCAGUAUUUCCGGCAGAGGAAGCGCAAGAAGUUGUGAGAAAGCUUUGCAACUCGGAGAUACAGGGUCGGGCCAUUUUGAAAUUCCAUAACAUUGAUUGAGUUGUUCAAAAAAUAAUUUGUCAUAUUGCUCAUUGCCAUAAUAAAAACAGAUGUAGCAAAUUGAAGCACCAACAGAUGCUGCCAAACAUAAAUAGUCAAUUAAAUUUUAAAAUACUACAAGAUCUCAAUGCACAACAGAGCAGAAAUUAGACGUUGGUGAUCAGUUCACCAAUAAUAGAGUAAGAAUUAUGAAAAAUUAAUGUCAUUGAAUACAAUGAUAUUACUUUAACAUCACUAAAAUAGGCAUAAUACAUUUAUAAGAGUCCACACUGUGACAUAAUCGUGUAGUGUGUUCUAUUGUGUUUCUAUAUUAAAAUCUAGUAUAGUCGAUGUAUCCAAGGCUUGUAUGUCGUGAGUAGCAUAUUUAUUCACAUAAACUUCCUUUACUUGGUUAAUGUAUUUUCGUUGAUCAAUAAAUAACGUCAACGUGAUGUUAUAUAGGUCGACGUAUUGUUAAUAAGUAUUAUGAAAGUGGAACCUGUUUUUCUUAGCCUUGUUGUAUAAAGUUCACAUAUAUCUGUAGGUGUCGUUCUUGUGAGGAAAAUAAGGAAAAUAUCAAUUUAUUUACACGUUUACUUGUGACAGUCAUUUAUAUUCUUGACCCUUUAAAAUAUGGACUUGCAAAUUAUUUGCUAUAGUUGUAAGACUAGUAUUCAUGAAUUAAUCCUGAUAAAAGCACCAGAGCGAAACCAUAUUUAUCAGCAAAAGAUGUGUUAUUUUUUCGUAUAGUUUUCUAACUGUGACUAUGUAUGUGUCGCAAAACGAACAAUAUUAAUUCUGUUUUAUAUAAAAUUUUUUUCUAAAAGAAAAAUAACAGAAAUGUAUUGAAAUAACUUUAUACCAGACGCUUGCUGUAACACUCAUAAGUAAUGAAAUAGGUCGGAUGAAAAAAA